GUUGGCAACUACAAUGCACUAACUGGAGGUCGUACUUCAAUGCACAAACUCCCCGGAGUCACCGCGCUGCGCUCUUGCUGCAGCGUCCCUGUUUCACCUUUAAGCCCCCUCCGUUCGGCUGAAACGUGCCCUAGGCUUGCGUCAACAGGGAGAACGAACCCUGGCAAGCCGAUUGCCAGAAGGCACAGACCCAGCGUACUAACUCCCAGCCGCCACUCUUCCCCAGAGCUUGCAACCGCAGCGCCCCGUUCCUCAGAGUCCGCAUCAGCAACCAUCACCACUUCCGCUCCUAGACCUUCCCCAGACCUACCGCCCAUCUCCUCCUCCUCACCCUCCACAGCCCGUCUCCCAGCUCCACCUCCUGCACUACCUUCUGCCAGCGCGCACCCAGCCCCAACCUCACCUCCCUCAUCGUCCUCCUCAGCCACCAUCCGCAUGAGCACCUCUGCAGCCCACCCACCACCGCCCCCCAACAGCUGCUGUGGCCAGGAUGCCCCCACCAACACCCUACAACCCCCUGCUCCAACUUCUCCAACUGCUGCUGCUGCUGCUGCUCCGUAUCUAGAAAGUGAACCAGCAGCAGCAGUAGCAAUACCACCACCCGCAGCAAUAGCAAUAGCACAACCCCUCGAAACAGCACCAGCAGCUGCAAGACCAGACGCCACUGCUGCUACUGCUGUUGCCCCUGCAGCUGCUAGCGCCUACCAUCUGGGUCCGCCGUACGGCCAGGUGAUCCGCUCCGACUUCCUGGGCGCCGCUCCGCUCACGGGCGGGCGUCGGCUGUACCUCGUGGUGCUCAACUACUGCUUGCCGGCGGGGCUGGCGCACGUCUGGCAGCUGGCUUGUUUCCGUAUCUGCGCUGACGGCGGUUGCAACCGGCUGCAUGAUGAGUUGCCGGUGCUGGUGCCGCCGCCGCCGCAGCGGCUGGCGUGGGAGCUUGCAGAGGCGCAACAUGAGGCCGAGCAGGAAGAGGAGGAUGAGGAGCAGGGGAGGCAGAAAGAGGGGAAGGAGAACAAGACCAAAGUGGGUGAGGGCAAGGAGCAGGAGCAGGACGCCACUGGUGGUGCUGGUGCUGGUGGUUGCGAUGGCACCGCUUCGGCCCAUCAGCAGCAACACCAGGGAGGGCAGCAGGCAGGGCGGCAUGCGGCAGAGCAACAGCAGCAGCAGCAGCAACAUCCACAGCAGCAGUGCUCUCAUCCAGCCGACGGGGUGAACGGUACGACGCAUGCGGGCAGCAACGGUAACGGUAGCCGCAAUGCCGACUCCAACGACUCCAACGACCCACAUGGGUUACAUCACAUGCGGCACCCGUCAACAUCCCCGGUUCACGCCCCAUCAGCAGCAACAGCAACAGCCGCGACCCAGAUCCCAGAUCCCAUCACCGCCCUCCGUUUGGCCCACUUGCCUGAUCUAGUCCUCGGAGACUUGGACUCCCUGCGGCCCGAUAUACGACGAUUUUACCUGCAGUACGGCGUGCCGUUCAUGGAUAUGUCGUACGAUCAGGAAACGACAGAUCUGACCAAGGCUGUGAAGUUGAUCGAGGAGCGCUUUAUCGCAGCCGACCCAGAUCCGCAACCUGGGCGACACCAGAUCUUGGUGCUAGGCGCCCUGGGCGGCCGUCUGGAUCACACCCUCUCCAACCUCAACACCCUUCACCUCUUCCCGCACCUUGACAUCGCGCUGUGGGGCGACGGCAACCUGGUACGGCUAGUUCGGCCGGGCAGCGCACUGGUGCUGCCCGACCCACGGGUCGAAGGGCCCACCUGCGGCCUCAUUCCGCUGGCCGGGCCGGCUAGGGCCUCCUCUUGUGGGUUGCGCUGGGAGCUGCAGGAAACCGGGAUGCGGGUGGGAGGGUUGGUGUCGUCUUCUAAUUCGUUGGCGGGCAAGGAGGUACGAGUGGCCUGUGAUGGGCCGCUGUUGUGGACCACAGAGGUGCGUGAGGAGCCGAGGCCGGAGCUGGGUGCGUUUUGGGAGCGUGUGCGUCGGGAGGCUGAGGCGGUGGUGGCGAG